UUUAACUCGCUUGAUUGAAAACGCUCGCAGAGCUUUUUCGAUAACUUUAAAUGUUAAAACAACUCCAAAAUUAGGAAAUUAGGAAAAUAUUAAUUAGGAAAAUAUUAGGAAAUAUUAACUCUGAAACGCCAACAUUACAGACCUGUGUAGUAAGAAAACAAACCGAGGUGGGGGUGUGAGCAAAAAUACGUCACUAUCAGACUCUGUUCUUAAACCUAAUUAGUAAAGUCAGUAUGACGAAGACUCCAGGAUUAGGAAUGGGAAUAACCAAGAGGACCUUGGUCGUCUUUGUGCUUCUAGCAACAUUGGUGGCUUUGGAAAGAAGAAACUUCAACUUUCAGUUUCACUUUAUGGUUCUGGAUUUUCUAGAGCCACAUGAUGAACACUUUCUUUCUCACACACGGGAGAAAAGAGCUGUGCUUUCAAACUCUGAGAUUUACUCAGCAAACAUUUUAUUAAAUGCAUCGAACGUGGGAACCUAUGAGCAGCUGCUGUCAAGCCUGAACGCCACCAGUUAUCCUCUCCAGCUUGAUAACACCACAGAGCUCCGAGAUAUUACUGUUACAACAGUUUGUGUCUCCACUGACACUGGUUUCCGGUGUGAGUGUGAGGAGCAGUUUGCUUGGCCGUACAGCUCCUGCAUCACAUAUGGAGCUUGUGAUUCCAUAUCCAGCGGCAUCUGUAAAUGCAUCUCAGCCAUCCCAGCCGACGGCUCUUCCUGUCAGCUGAUCUCCGAGCUGCUUGAUCAGUUUGAGUAUGAGUUUGAAGUGGAGCUGGACCUAACAGAUGCUGAAACAGUGGAAUUCCUCAGGAACUUUCUGAACAAUGGCAGCUUCUUUACCUUGAACCCCACAGUGAAUGUCACACAGAUCAACCUCACCACAGUCUGCUCUCCAAUCAGUGGUGAUUACCAGUGCAGAUGUGAGGAUCAGUAUCGUUGGCCAUGUGACCAGUGUGUAACAUAUGGAUCAUGUGACAACAUCACUGGUGACACAUGUGGAUGCAUCAGUGGCAUUCCUGUUGAUGGACAGUACUGCCAGGCUGAGGAUCAAUACAACUUCACAGCAUGUCCAACCACAACAACUUUAACACCAACAACUCCUCCAGUCAUCUAUAUGUACAUGGUUUAUGUGGAGCUGAACUCCACAGAUGUUACAGCUGUGGAAGAGCUGAGGAGCAUCAACUAUCCCGUCAACAUCAACAAGAACUUACAGAUCUCUGAUGUUAACAUUAGUACUGUCUGCUCUCCAAUGAGUGGUGAUUACCAGUGCAGAUGUGAGGAUCAGUAUCGUUGGCCAUGUGACCAGUGUGUAACAUAUGGAUCAUGUGACAACAUCACUGGUGACACAUGUGGAUGCAUCAGUGGCAUUCCUGUUGAUGGACAGUACUGCCAGGCUGAGGAUCAAUACAACUUCACAGCAUGUCCAACCACAACAACUUUAACACCGACAACUCCUCCAGUCAUCUAUAUGUACAUGGUUUAUGUGGAGCUGAACUCCACAGAUGUUACAGCUGUGCAAGAGCUGAGGAGUAUCAACUAUCCCGUCAACAUCAACAAGAACUUACAGAUCUCUGAUGUUAACAUUAGUACUGUCUGCUCUCCAAUCAGUGGUGAUUACCAGUGCAGAUGUGAGGAUCAGUAUCGUUGGCCAUGUGACCAGUGUGUAACAUAUGGAUCAUGUGAUAACAUCAUUAGUGACACAUGUGGAUGCAUCAGUGGCAUUCCUGUUGAUGGACAGUUCUGCCAGGCUGAGGAUCAAUACAACUUCACAGCAUGUCCAACCACAACAACGUUAAUACCAACAACUCCUCCAGUCAUCUAUAGGUACAUGGUUUAUGUGGAGCUGAACUCCACAGAUGUUACAGCUGUGGAAGAGCUGAGGAGCAUCAACUAUCCCGUCAGCAUCAGCAGGACCUUACAGAUCUCUGAUGUUAACAUUAGUACUGUCUGCUCUCCAAUCACUGGUGGUUACCAGUGCAGAUGUGAGGAUCAGUAUCGUUGGCCAUGUGACCAGUGUGUAACUUAUGGAUCAUGUGACAACAUGACUGGUGACACAUGUGGAUGCAUCAGUGGCAUUCCUGUUGAUGGACGGUACUGCCAGGCUGAGGAUCAAUACAACUUUACUGCAUGUCCAAUCACCACAACAACUCCACAACCAACAAGUCCACCAGUCUUCCAUCAGUACCUACUUUCCAUUGAGCUGAACUCCACAGAUGUUACAGUUGUAGAAAAGCUGAGGAACAUCAACAACACCAUCAGCAUCAACAGGAACUUACAAAUCUCUAAUGUUAACAUUACUACAGUCUGCUCUCCAAUGAGUGGUGAUUACCAGUGCAGAUGUGAGGAUCAGUAUCGUUGGCCAUGUGACCAGUGUGUAACAUAUGGAUCAUGUGACAACAUCACUGGUGACACAUGUGGAUGCAUCAGUGGCAUUCCUGUUGAUGGACGGUACUGCCAGGCUGAGGAUCCAUACAACUUUACUGCAUGUCCAAUCACCACAACAACUCUACAACCAACAAGUCCACCAGUCUUCCAUCAGUACCUGCUUUCCAUUGAGCUGAACUCCACAGAUUUUACAGUUGUAGAAAAGCUGAGGAACAUCAACAACACCAUCAGCAUCAACAGGAACUUACAAAUCUCUAAUGUUAACAUUACUACAGUCUGCUCUCCAAUGAGUGGUGAUUACCAGUGCAGAUGUGAGGAUCAGUAUCGUUGGCCAUGUGACCAGUGUGUAACAUAUGGAUCAUGUGACAACAUCAUUGGUGACACAUGUGGAUGCAUCAGUGGCAUUCCUGUUGAUGGACAGUACUGCCAGGCUGAGGAUCAAUACAACUUUACUGCAUGUCCAAUCACCACAACAACUCCACAACCAACAAGUCCACCAGUCUUCCAUCAGUAUCUGCUUUCCAUUGAGCUGAACUCCACAGAUGUUACAGUUGUAGAAAAGCUGAGGAACAUCAACAACACCAUCAGCAUCAACAGGAACUUACGAAUCUCUAAUGUUAACAUUACUACAGUCUGUUCUCCAAUGAGUGGUGAUUACCAGUGCAAAUGUGAGGAUCAGUAUCGUUGGCCAUGUGACCAGUGUGUAACAUAUGGAUCAUGUGAUAACAUCAUUAGUGACACAUGUGGAUGCAUCAGUGGCAUUCCUGUUGAUGGACAGUACUGUCAGGCUGAGGAUCAACACAACUUUACUGCAUGUCCAAUCACCACAACAACUCCACAACCAACAAGUCCACCAGUCUUCCAUCAGUAUCUGCUUUCCAUUGAGCUGAACUCCACAGAUGUUACAGUUAUAGAAAAGCUGAGGAACAUCAACAACACCAUCAGCAUCAACAGGAACUUACAAAUCUCUAAUGUUAACAUUACUACAGUCUGCUCUCCAAUGAGUGGUGAUUACCAGUGCAAAUGUGAGGAUCAGUAUCGUUGGCCAUGUGACCAGUGUGUAACAUAUGGAUCAUGUGACAACAUCAUUGGUGACACAUGUGGAUGCAUCAGUGGCAUUCCUGUUGAUGGACGGUACUGCCAGGCUGAGGAUCAAUACAACUUUACUGCAUGUCCAAUCACCACAACAACUCCACAACCAACAAGUCCACCAGUCUUCCAUCAGUACCUGCUUUCCAUUGAGCUGAACUCCACAGAUGUUACAGUUGUAGAAAAGCUGAGGAACAUCAACAACACCAUCAGCAUCAACAGGAACUUACGAAUCUCUAAUGUUAACAUUACUACAGUCUGCUCUCCAAUCAGUGGUGAUUACCAGUGCAAAUGUGAGGAUCAGUAUCGUUGGCCAUGUGACCAGUGUAUAACAUAUGGAUCAUGUGACAACAUCACUGGUGACACAUGUGGAUGCAUCAGUGGCAUUCCUGUUGAUGGACAGUACUGCCAGGCUGAGGAUCAAUACAACUUUACUGCAUGUCCAAUCACCACAACAACUCCACAAACUAUAAGUCCACCAGUCUUCCAUCAGUACCUGCUUUCCAUUGAGCUGAACUCCACAGAUGUUACAGUUGUAGAAAAGCUGAGGAACAUCAACAACACCAUCAGCAUCAACAGGAACUUACAAAUCUCUAAUGUUAACAUUACUACAGUCUGCUCUCCAAUCAGUGGCGAUUACCAGUGCAAAUGUGAGGAUCAGUAUCGUUGGCCAUGUGACCAGUGUGUAGCAUAUGGAUCAUGUGACAACAUCACUGGUGACACAUGUGGAUGCAUCAGUGGCAUUCCUGUUGAUGGACGGUACUGCCAGGCUGAGGAUCAAUACAACUUUACUGCAUGUCCAAUCACCACAACAACUCCACAAACAAUAAGUCCACCAGUCUUCCAUCAGUACCUACUUUCCAUUGAGCUGAACUCCACAGAUGUUACAGUUGUAGAAAAGCUGAGGAACAUCAACAACACCAUCAGCAUCAACAGGAACUUACAAAUCUCUAAUGUUAACAUUAGUACAGUCUGCUCUCCAAUCAGUGGCAAUUACCAGUGCAGAUGUAAGAAUCAAUAUCGUUGGCCAUGUGACCAGUGUGUAACAUAUGGAUCAUGUGACAACAUCACUGGUGACACAUGUGGAUGCAUCAGUGGCAUUCCUGUUGAUGGACGGUACUGCCAGGCUGAGGAUCAAUACAACUUUACAGCAUGCCCUCGAACAUCAACGACGGUGAUACCAGCAACUGACACAACCUCACCAGAGAUCCGUCAAUACCUGCUUUCCUUUGAGCUGAAAACCACUGACGUUAGAGCUGUAGAAGAGCUGAGAAACAUCACCUCCUCUAUCAGCUUCAGUAGCCGUCUACUGAUCUCUGAUAUUAACAUCUCUACAGUGUGCUCCCCUAACAAUACCAGCUACCAGUGCAGAUGUGAGGAUCAGUAUGGCUGGCCUUGUGACAUGUGCUCCACUUAUGGCCAAUGCAGCAACGUUCAAGGCAAUACCUGUGGAUGCAUCAAUGCACUUCUUCCAAAUAAUACUUACUGUCAGCCUCUGUCAGAUCUUGGUUCCUGCCCGACACAAUCACCAACAACUGCUGCAACAACAAUAGAUACAACACCCGGAACGACGAUGCCGAAUACAACACCGCCCGAAACGACCAUGCCUGAUACAACAACACCCGGAACGACCAUGCCGGAUACAACAACACCCGGGACGACCAUGCCGGAAACACCAACACCCGGAACGACCAUGCCGGAUACAACAACACCCGGGACGACCAUGCCGGAAACACCAACACCCGGAACGACCAUGCCGGAUACAACAACACCCGGGACGACCAUGCCGGAAACACCAACACCCGGGACGACCAUGCCAGAUACAACAACACCUGGAACGACCAUGCCGGAAACACCAACACCCGGAACGACCAUGCCGGAUACAACAACACCCGGGACGACCAUGCCGGAAACACCAACACCCGGAACGACGAUGCCGGAAACACCAACACCCGGAACGACCAAGCCGGAUACAACAACACCCGGGACGACCAUGCCGGAUACAACAACACCCGGAUCGACGAUGCCUGAAACACCAACACCCAGGACGACCAUGCCGGAUGCAACAACGCCUGGAACGACAUCACCCAGAACCACCAUGCCGAAUACAACAACACCCGGAACGACAAUGCUGAACACAACACCGCCCGAAACGAUGAUGCCGGAUACAACAACACCCGGAACCACGAUGCCAGAUACAACAACACCUGGAACCACGAUGCCAGAGACAACACCCGGAACCACGAUGCCAGAGACAACACCCGGAACCACGAUGCCAGAGACAACACCCGGAACCACGAUGCCAGAUACAACGACACCCGGAACCACGAUGCCAAAUACAACAACACCCGGAACCACGAUGCCAGAUACAACAACACCCGGAAUCACAAUGGCGGAUACAACAACACCCGGAACCACGAUGCCAAAUACAACAACACCCGGAGCCACGAUGCCGAAUACAACAACACCCGGAACCACGAUGCCAAAUACAACAACACCCGGAACCACAAUGCCGGAUACAACAACACCUGGAACCACGAUGCCAGAGACAACACCCGGAACGAUGCCAAAUACAACAACACCCGGAACCACGAUGCCAGAUACAAUGACACCCGGAACCACGAUGCCAAAUACAACAACACCCGGAACCACAAUGCCAAAUACAACAACACCCGGAACCACAAUGCCAAAUACAACAACACCCGGAACCACGAUGCCAGAUACAACAACACCCGGAACCACAAUGACAAAUACAACAACACCCGGAACCACGAUGCCGGAUACAACAACACCCGGAACGACCAUGCCGGAAACACCAACACCCGGAACCACGAUGCCGGAUACAACAGCACCCGGAACGACCAUGCCGGAAACACCAACACCCGGAACGACCAUGCCGGAAACACCAACACCCGGAACGACCAUGCCGGAAACACCAACACCCGGAACGACGAUGCUGGAUACAACAACACCCGGAACCACGAUGCCGGAUACAACAACACCCGGAACCACGAUGCCGGAUACAACAACACUCGGAACCACGAUGCCGGAUACAACAACACCCGGAACCACGAUGCCGGAUACAACAACACCCGGAACCACGAUGCCGGAUACAACAACACCCGGAACCACGAAGCCGGACACAACACCAGUUGUAUCAACAAUUGAUAUUAAAAGGACAAUCAAAUUAAAUAAGGACUUUAUAGAGGACUAUAAAAAUAAGAGUAGUUCUGAAUACAAAAAACUUGAAGAUCAAUUUAAUGGACUGCUUUCACAACAGUAUAGCAUCAGAAAUGGAGUCAGUGCUGCUUUUGUGACUGACAUCAGACAAGGAAGUGUUAUUGUAGACUUUACUAUCAGGACAUCUUCUAAAUAUGAUGACCCUCAGUUGGCUGUGGCAAAUGAUAAACUCAUUAACGCCAUCGAAAAAGAAAUUGCUUCUGUUCUUGAGGGAAAAGUUCCAGAAGUCCAAAGUGACACAUCAUUGACCUUAAAACCUGAGGUAAUCUAUACUGAUGAAACCAUGAAACUGACAUGUGACCCCCCGGGUUUUGAUUUGAGUGGCGGUUAUAAAGUUAAAUGGGAAUUUAAAGGGUUGGCACUUUCACAAUCACAGAGACAUAUAAUUUCUUCUAAAUUUCCAUUCACACUGGAUAUUGACAAAGUGAUUCUUUCUGAUGCAGGGUAUUAUGAAUGCACAUUGGAAAAAUACGGAAUUAUUGUCCAUCAGAAUAAAACUGUGACGUUUAGCAACAUCAAACCAGCUCCCGUUAUCAGUGUCAGUGGUACAGAAUAUGCUAAAUGUCUCAAAGACAAUAAUUUACCACUUAAGUGUUGUGUCGAGCCCUUUUUUGAUCUCAAGUGGUAUGCAGGAAGUAAACAAUUACAAUCAGAUUCAACCCAGAACUGCAUCACUUAUCAAUAUCCGAUGGGAAGCUGCGCCGAAGAAAAGAAAGAAAUAUUCACCUGUCAAGUUGACAGUCUGGAGCGUUUUAAAAAAGAAACAAUUCUGACGGUUUUUCUCGGGGCUAUUGUCUGCAAAGAUCCCAUAUAUGGAGAAGGAAGAGAAAAUGACAUAAAAGAAAAAAACUGUGAAGAAGGUCAAACAGGAACCAAGACUGCAGUUUGUUUGGAUAGAACCUGGAAACCUACGAAAGACACCUGCAUUGUAACCGUAAUCAAAGAUUUGCUAACUGAGGCAGUGGAUCUGAAAAACGAAGAAGUUCCAGAAUUUACAGUGAAUUUAACUAACGCUGUCACGGGCAAAGUACAACAAGUCACUCAAUCACCUGCAACAAUCUCUGCCAUUGUCAGUAUAUUAAAUACCAUUGCACAAGUUUCAAACAACAUAGACGAAAAUGUCAUGCAGAAUGUAUUGAAAACUGUUGAUGUCAUCAUUAGUGACGAUGCAAAGGACUCUUGGAGCACUCUGAAUACAAAUGAAGCCCAAAAUUCCAGUUCACUAUUGCUGUCUUCAAUGGAGACACUUUCAGAAAGACUGAAUGGUUCAUUUUCAAUAACUACUCAACGGAUUUAUCUCAAUAGAACCAAAUUUACAGACCCGUUCAAUAAACUACUGAACUCCACGGUUACCAUAGCAAUUCCAGAAACAGCUUCUUACAAUACAUUUAUCACCACUAUUCUUUUCUCCUCCUUGAAUAAUGUUAUGCCACCACGGACCUCUGCAUAUAACUUCAGCCUUUUUAAUGAAACCAGCAAUGAAACUUACCCUGAGACUGUCAUCAAUGCUGGUGUUCUGCUUGUCAAAGUAAAUGAAUCGAUUCACAACGUCACCUUAAGCUAUCAAAAGCUCAAUACGACUCUGGAACUGAACCCUCAAUGCGUCUUCUGGAAUUUUAGCCUCUUAGACAAUCUUGGUGCCUGGGAUGACCAGGGCUGUACGUUUGUUUCUGAUAUAAAUGAUACUGUAACCUGCACCUGCAACCAUCUCACAUCGUUCUCAAUUCUUAUGUCAACUUCCAUCCCUAAAGAAAUAAGAGUAUUACUGGAUAUAAUGACAUAUAUCGGUGUUGGAAUAUCAAUGAUCAGCUUAGUUAUUUGUCUCAUCAUCGAAGGAAUUGUAUGGCGACCCCUUACCAAAAACAGCACUGCCUUUAUGCGCCAUGUUGCCAUUGUUAACACAGCCCUGUCCUUGUUGAUUGCUGACAUCUGUUUCAUCAUUGGAGCCGCUAUUUCAAAGAACCCCAAAGAAAACCCAGGCGAAGACUACAAAGUUCCAGUUGGACCAUGCAGUGCAGCGACCUUUUUCAUGCACUUUUUCUAUCUCUCCAUGUUCUUUUGGAUGCUUGACUCAAGCCUGCUGCUCUUGUACCGGUCAGUCAUGGUCUUCUCCCAAAUGUCCAAAUGGACCAUGUUCGCCAUUGGCUUGACUGUGGGAUAUGUUUGUCCUCUGAUCAUAGCUGUUACUACAGUUGCUGCCACUGCACCUGGGGGUGGAUAUGUUAGGGAAGAUCAAGCUUGUUGGCUAAACUGGACAAAGACCAAGGCCCUUCUGGCCUUAGUGAUCCCUGCCUUGGCCAUAGUUGUGUUCAAUAUUUUGGUCAUUCUGGUGGUUUUGUACAAGAUGCUCAGAAGACGAAACACAAACCAGGCAGAUGAGAAACAUGCCUUGGUAGUCAUUCUAAGAUGUCUGGCUGUACUGACUCCUCUAUUCGGACUGACCUGGUGUUUGGGAAUUGGAACCAUGGUGGAACCAACAAAUGGAGGGAUCCAUGUUGCCUUUGCUUUCUUCAAUUCCUUACAGGGUUUUUUUAUUUUGGUGUUUGGGACUCUGUUUGAUUCCAAGAUCCGUUCCCUGAUAUUAAGAAAAAUACCAGCUCUAAGCACGACCUCUAAUCGAACAAGAAGCACCAGUGGUGGAACUUCAGCUCCUAGUAGCAUUUUUAGUCGAUUUCGCAGAAGAAGGAAUGGUUAUAAUUCUUCACCGGUUGGAAACUCAAACACCAGCAGCAGUGGAUCAGAUUCAGCUUCCAACACCUGAUUCUGUACAAAUAAUCUGUUCACUUGUAAAGGUGAAAUGUGUUUCAUCUUUGCUAUUUUUAUAUAUCACAUAUGCAGGUAUGAUAUCUUGAAUGUGAGGUUCAGUGGCAAUAAUUUGUGAAGAAAACUGUGAAGUAGCAUUUUGUAUGUCUUUAAAUAUAUAACACUGCUGUUAAUUUUAAUUAUAAGUGUAAAAUCACAGUGUUAUGGUUUGUAUGUGCAAUUCAAAGAGCAUCAUAAGGGGAAAACCCCCCAAAAUAAGAGGACUAUAAAAGAGUUAAUUGGGAAAUAUAUUUACUAAUCUGUGACAUCACAGGAAUAUCAGUACUUUAAAAUAUUUAUGUGCAGAGAUAAAUGGACUCUUGCAAGCAAAGAGAUCUAUGAAUCUUCUAUCAGGAGUAAUGGGCCAAAGUUCUAGCAAACUCUUACUAGAAGAUUGUGGAAGGAAACCCAAAAUGCUUCACUCAAAAAAAAAAAGCUACCUAAUACACUGAACAAAAAUAUAAACGCCCCAUAAGAGUUUUAUGAACAUUUGGAUUAUGCAAUAUAUAGAGAAAUUCAAAGCAUAUUUUCAGUAAUUACUGAUCUUCAUAUCAGCAUUGACAACAUUGUGGUUUGGCCGUUUGUAUCAGAUUGACAGUCCUUUGAACAUGAUGGGGGUCAGUUUGAGGAAUUUGAUUUUGACCCAGUUGGCUUCUCAUAGACGGUUAUGGACGCUCUGAGGUGUGAUGCGUCUGUUGUGCAGACCAGUAGUCUGAUGAGCUGCGUGCGCCGCUGUUCUUAGCCAAUUCAGCAGUUUGAUGAGCCAGAUGUGGCGAUCUGGUGCUGGAGAAGGUCACACGUGGCCGACAAGGAUGAGAUCGAUUUGAAAUAGUGCCAAUCUGUUAGAAACAAACUCUUAAAUGGCAAGUGGUCCAAUAAUGGACAUUAUGCCAUGCAGCUACUGCUCUGCUGGACAUCCCUGCAUCCAACAUGCUGAUGGCAUGCUAGCUCAUAAUGUGUGACAUCUGAAGCAUUAUGACUUGUGACAAAACUUGACAUUUUGGGGUGGCCUUUGAUUGUCUCCAGUCCAAGGAUUGUCCAGUUGUUGCUCAUUUUGGAAAUACACUGAGUAAAAAAAACAUCUCACAGAGUAAUGCUCACUGAAAGCAAGUUGGAUUAAAAAUUAUUCACAAAUCAAGAGAAAUAUUACUUUUGUACAAUAAAAUGUCAGCAAAGGCUCAUUUACAUGGCAACAAUAUUGGACAUGGAGCGUUUAUAUUUUUGUUGAGUAUAUAUGUGAACUUGUGACUUUGAAGAAAGUAAUAAAUUGUUUUUUAAUA